AUGGCAUUCUGCUUCGUUGUCGGGACCAAUGCAUCCCUCGCAGACUUCACAUCCCAACUCAAAGGCUACGAAAACGUCACCGCGCAAUGCCACAACUGUGGUAACUGGAGCGCACAUCCUAUCAGCAGCUGGGAGUGGUUCACAUUCUGCUGGAUCCCCGUGAUUCCGCUGGGAGGAAAGCAUAAAGACACGAAAGAGAAAACACCUGCUGACAUAGCAUUUCAUAAGGUCGCCUGCUCGAUCUGCCGCUUCCGCCAGGACAUGCGACAGCGGAACGAUAUACAACAAGGCGGAGCUGGAGGACCACCACCGCAACAUCACCAGAUGGGUCCGCCGCAGGGUUGGAGUCAGGGCCCGCCGCAGCAGCAGCAGGGCUAUGGGCAAGGGCCGCCGCCGGGCCAGGGCGGGCAGCCUGUGUAUAAAUGA